UCUUUCACUUGUGGGCCCAUUUCCAUGACCUUCCAUUUUAGUUUCACACUUUCCCAACAUAUAUAUUCUCACAUAUUAUACCUUCCAUUCAUUUAAAUUACAUUUCUUUAAAUUUAAACUUCCCUUCUCACCAUUCACCUUCUUCCUAAAGUCUAAAAAAUGAAUAGAAAUGGAUAUAAGGAUGAAAAAUCAUGUUGCUAUUUCCAUCCAAAACAACUAGUUGUUGGUGUAUGCCCUUUGUGCUUGAAUGAAAGACUUCUUCUAUUGGUUGCAAAACAAGGGCGGCGCCACCAUCAGAACCACCGCUCUUCCUCCAAAAAAGGUGCCAAUUCACAAAAACCACCCAACUCUUCUUCUAUUCACAAGAUCUUUGCUUUUGGUUCUCUCUUCACUCGCCUUGAAUCUCGCCAAUGCAAAUCUCAUAGCAACAAUCGCUAUGAAUAUGAUGAUCUCUCUCCCAGUCCAGAAGAAGAGGCAUUCAUAUCAAUCAAGUUUGAAGAAAAUGGGGUAGGCUCGUGGGAAAAGAGCAGUGUCUCAAAGGUGACCCUAGAGAAUUGCAAUAACAACAAAUUAGAGACCAAGAGUGUGAUAGAGCAUGGAAAGUCACGUGACAUAUUCAGGUGGCGAAAGAGAAUUGGUCACAUGUUCCAGCUCAUAAGGUGGAAAAAAUCUGCUGGUGUUUGCCACGUAAGCAACAAGGUUGAAGGAGGAACAGUUAAAGUCAGAAAAAGUUGGAUCAAGACUCUGACAAAGAGGAGGAAGAACAAGACCAUGGAAUAAUAAUUAAAGUAGUUGUAGUAGCCUUAAAGAUAAAUCACACCAAUAUUCAAACAUUCAACAUCAUUAUUACUAUCAUUAUUUCUUUCUGUCUUUCCUCUCUUGUGUAUGUUUCAAUCAACCACGAUCAAUUUGACAAAAUCGUGUUGAUCAUAUCAUUUUUUUGAGAAGCUGGUAUGUGUGUGAUGAAUUUGACGAAAUCGUUGUGAUUAUAUAAUGAGAUUUUGAGAAGUAGUUUCUUAAUCACUACAGUCAAAGAUGGUGAUUUUGUUACUUUUUAUGAAGAAAAGAAAUAAAAAUAGCUUUGUUACUAUA